AUGACGACGGCAAUACCCUCAAUCGCCUGCUUAGGCGUCAUUGGAAGAAACAACAACCCCAUGCACAUCUCCAUCUUCCCAUCGCAGGACCCGAUAACCAACAACUUCGCACCGAUCCGCACCCCCCUCCAGUUCUCCCUCAUCCUCUCCUCCACGAUCGACGUGUUCGAGCUCCGCACCAGACACAACGCCAUAUCCGGGGGCGGGCUCUCGGGCGAGUACGGCCUCCUGCAGGCCGUCGACGACCGCCUUGCCGCCUACGGCUACGAGACCAACACGGGGGUGCGCUUCGUGUGCGUCGUGGACAUGCGAGGGCGCCGCGUGGACUCUGCGGCCGCCUCGUCCAAGCAAGGCUUGCGGGACGCGGAGCUCAAGCCCGUGUUCCGCGCCAUGCAGAACGCCUACGUGCGGCUGCUGCAGAACCCCUUCUACAGCCCGGACGAGCACGCGCCGCUGGGCGGGAAUGGGGGCAAGAAGAUCACGAGCAGGAAGUUCGUGGACGACAUGAAGAGGAUCGGGGACGGCUGGACCCCUGGGGUGGUGAACCUGUGA